UUUUUAUAUGGUAUAAUUUAAUUAGAAAUUUAAGAAAUUAAACAAUAUGCGUGAGUGAAUUAGAUGGAAUAAUAACAAAUAAAAACGGGUAAAUGCCCGUCGUGCGAAUGGCGAAAAAAAUUGACGCGAUUUAAAUGCCUGCCAAAUGCAGCAACAACAACGCAAUUGUGAUAGACAAAGAAAUAGAUUACGAAGGGGCAAGCGAGAGGCGAGACGGAGGCGCAAAGAAGAAGGCGAAAAAUUGUUUUUGCAUGAAUAACAUAUUAAAUGAACUAAACGCUGGCUGGGCAAAUGAUUUUUAGUUUUACAUACAUACUUAUUUAAUACGCAACGAAAAUAGCUUUUAAUUUAACAAAAGCAUAAGGAAUAGGAAGGCAAACAUCAAUAGGAGCGGAAACUGCGUCCAAAAAACAUGCAAUAAAACAUAAAUAAUAUUUAUUACAAUUUGAAGAAGUUGGAGCAGCCAGAAAAAACCAUUCAAAACAAGCAAAAAAAAAGCAAAGUUUGGGGGCCAGCUAUUGUUGUUGACGUCGCUGCUGCUGUACACACACACAGGCACAAUCUCACACAGCCCUCCACACACACACACACACACACACGAAGCCCAGCUGAUGUAAAUAAUUUGCAGCGAUUGUGUUCGUGCGCGUUUUCAAUUGAUUAAAACCAAAACACACACGGACACACAUUGCAAUACACCAACACACACAUACAUAUACAUACAUAUGUACGUGGAGGCUCCAUUGUGAAAAUUGAUUAAAGAUUACAAGCAUAACCGCAACAAACAAAGAAGCGGACACACACACACAUCUAUAAACACAGAUGAAGCAACAUAUAUACGUAUAUUUCAUUUGAAGCACUGCCAAAACAAAAGAAAGGACACGACCCUGAAGUGAAGUGUUGCGGUGGAGAAGGCCCAGCGGAGGAGGUGCAGCAGCAGCUGGAGGGUAUCAUUAGGGAGUUAAACUGCAGCAAGGUGUGAAACGUCUCCAUGAUGCUGUACGUAUUCCAUGUGGACGUCGGUCGAAUGCUUAGCUUCGACAUGACUGUCGCCCUCUCGUCGGUGGAGAAUCUGAAAGAGACCAUUCAGCGUCAUCAUGGUAUAUCCGCGGCCAAUAUUGUACUGCUUGUUAGCGGAGGCGAGAUGCUGACUCACUCCACCCAGGUCUCGUGCUACUCGGCCGGUACCGACACGAAUCCCAUAUAUAUGUUUCUUACUGGCGAUGAACGUUUGGCGCCGACAGUAGCCAACAAUGAUGCGGAUACCGAACUGCGUCGCCAAGUGGAAGAGAGCCACAGACUGCCAGCGGUGCUGGAGACAGUGCGCCAGAGGGCCCAUCUAGCGCAGCAUAUGAGAGAGUUGGCCCGUAAGGAGGAAACUCUGUGCGAGCGCCUGGUUCACGAGCAACACCUGCAACAGCAGGGAUGGUCAGCUGUGGUGGCCAACAUGGAGGACUUGACAAAUGAGUUUAGUGAACGUUUCCGCAACUUUCGUCAAUCGUUCGAACGACAUUUGGAAAAGAGGGAAAGCUAUCAGGAGUUGUUACGAAAUUUCCCUGAUGAUCUCAAACAGCUGGCCAGGAUUACCAUACUGCCAGGAUUAAUGAAUCUGGCUGAGGCGGAUUUUCAUGGUUUUGAUGAGCUGCUAUAUAAUGAUGAUGUAUUUGCUCAACAACAGCAGCAGCAGCAACAGGGGCAAGAACAGGCUGUGGCUCUAAGCGAAUCUUCUCAAGCGGAUUCACCUAAUAAAAAGCUUAAAAUGGGUGACGACGAUGUUGACCAGGCGGCAGAAGUAGCAGCAGUGUCGUCUGAACAGCAAGCCGAGCAACAGGAACGAACAUCGCAAACCUCUACCACCAGCUCAUCAAUUGCUCGACGCCACAGUCUGAAUCUGCUGCAGUGGAUUAACUCGAAGGGCAAUCACAAUGCACUCCAAGUCAUGUCCGAUGAGUGCAUUCAAGGCCUAAACACGUUCAGUGCCGAAAUCUAUGAAAAGUUAAAGGAAGAAGUGCAGCAAAUCAUCAAAUUGGCCAAGCAAAGCGAAGUCAAGGAGAUAAAGGGCUUGGGUGAACGCCUCUGCCGCCUCGAAGAGUUCAAGUUCAAGAUUGCGAAAAUGGUGCAGGACCAAAAGGAGCAAGCCAUUGCCCUGCAGCAGAACGAGGCUCGUGCCCAAAAUUUGCGCGACAAUUCCGUAUUGCCCGAUCUCUGUUUGUCGCAUCGCUCUCAGUUGCAGGUGAUGCUGGAAAAUCAUUUAAAAAUUCGCGAGUAUUGCCGUUGCAUAGCCAACUCCAAGGAUGAACUGGGCCGAAAUCUCCAUAUGCGUCUGCGACGCAUUGUAUGGAUAGAGAACGGCAUGAGCGAGUUUGACAAUCGUCUGCUUUUCUAUCACCGCUGUUUGAGGCGGGCAGAACGACAUAUUGGCAUCAUUGAACAGAUCCAUCGGGCUCCCAGUACAUAUGUCGCCGCCGUGGCAGAGGUGGUCCGACGUAAAAUCUUCUCUGACGAAUUCCGUCAGUGGGCAUCACGUCUCUCUGUGGACUUUAAUCGCAUCCAUAGCGAGGAACUGAAUCGCCGUAAGGAGUUCAAUGCCAGCUUUGAUGGGCACUUUCUUAAUAUCCUCUUUCCCGGUUUGGGCGACAUGCCGCCGGCCUUUGCUAAUGAGCAUCCCCUAAGUUUUGAUACGCGCCUCCCGCCGUUGAGCAGAUCUGAUAUUGAACUGCUCUCCGUGCAACUGCCCGAGUUGGCUGCCCAGCUGCAGUUGCCGGAUAUGAAAUCUGUGAUACAAUUCUUUGUCAAUCGUUCCGGUGAAAUUAAACAGGUGGAAUUGGAUGAAGACCCCACAACCGAACCCGCAAACGAGAUAGAGCCUCCCUUAGCUGCACCUCGUUUGGCCGAACUGCAAGCCAUGGCACAGGCCUCUGCCUCCGACUGUGAAACGGACACAGAAACGGAAUUCGAAAAACUGACCACAACAUCCAAAUGUGUGGGCACCUCCACCAGCGGGAUAUUGGAGCAAAUGGCCCGUAGCACGGCAACCGAUCAAUUGCUCAUGCUCAGUGCCAGCACAUUGACAGAGGAUAAUGCAAACAGCGCUGCCCAAAUCCGAAGUGACUUUGAGAAGAUGUCCAAAUUGGCUCUUGCGGGCGUGGCUCAGGCUCGCGUCAAUUUAAAUACUUUUCGUCAGGAUGCCGCCAGCUAUCAAGAUGAACUCCAGUCGGAGCUGCUGCUGCUGCACGACAAAUUGAAUCUCCUACGCAUGCAGAGCGAGGAGCGAGAACGCGCGGCUCAAGAGCAACUAGAGGAUCUGCGGCGUCAAUUGGAGCUGGCCGAACGUGAUAAAUUAGCUGCAGUAGCCCAGGCAAGGGAGCAACUUAUCCAUGAGCACAAAACUGAGUUGGAAUCGCUGCGUUGCCGCUUCAAAUUGAUGACAUCAAUGGAACGUUCACCAUCUGACUGCAGUUUGGAGAAGUUGGAACGGCCGACAAGCAGUGCCAGUGUGACCAGUGCCGGUGCCGCAACCGGUGUCGAUGUGGAUCAGUUGUUGGCACAGCAGCGACAGGAGCUGAUUGCACAGCGCGAACGUGCCAUUACGGAGGCCAUCGACGCCGAGCGUUCGCUCUGGCAGUCGCGUCUUCUUCCUAUUAACUCCGAAUCUGUUAUGCUCAAUGUGGGUAUACUGAAAGAUAUGUUGGCAGACAGGGAGCGCCAGCUCGAUCAGCUUCGAGAACAAAAUAAGGUAGUCAUGCAGGAGACCUAUCAGCUGAAAACCCGUCUGGAGAUGAUCACAAAUGAGGAUGGGGGCAACAGUUGGCUCAAGGAGAAAAUUGAAUAUCUGGAUCGAGACAAGAACCGGCUGGAGGAGGAGCUCUGCCAGGAGAAGACCAAACGCAUGGCAAUGGAGCAAAGUGUGGCUGCUCUACGCAGUUCGAUUUAUGAUCCGCCAUCGAACACUGCUAUGGCUCGAUCCAAGUCCAGUUCCGGACAUCGAUAUAUUGCACUGGAGGGCUGUGGCAAGGGUGAUUAUGUAUUUGUUGUAUGGAGCAUACGUCAUGGCCAGUUCAUGGUCGUCCAAGACUCGCUUACCUUGUACUUUGUCCAUGCUGAUAGUUUGGCCAGCCUUCAGCUAGUCGCUCCCCCUACCCAGCAAAUCGCAGCCGGUCCAACUGGUACAGAAUCGCCUCCAUCACUGGCAGUGGCAGAGUUAAAUCAAAUUCCUUUACCCUACUAUGCCAUUGGACGGGUGAUUGACAAGGAGUAUUGUCAGGCUCGAAAGAAUGAAAAUCGCUAUCGCGUCAGCAAGGGCUCGAAAUUUUAUCGCAUCAAACUUGCGCCAUUACCAUCUCGAAAUCCUCAGCGCCGCGAGCGUUUAGAAUCUAUAAACUCAACUGUUGCCAUUAAACCUCUGCAACUGACAACUUUGACAUCAUGGCCCAGAGAUGUCACAGAUGCACCUGGCAGUGUCGGGAGCAGUGUGUAUCAGAGUAUCAAAGAGCGCACAGUGAGCAUAACCAGUGUCAAUGAGGAGGACGAUGAAUCGGCCUCGUUGCUAAGUGAGAGCUGUCGUUACAUAAGUGUCAGUGAGGAGAACGAACUGAUUGCUGCUAGCGGCACAACAGUGAAUGCAACAUCAUCCACAGCAGCUGCAGCAGCAGAAAUGGCAACAACAAUGUCAUCAACCACAUCCACAAUAACAACAGCGGCGGCACCAUCACCACCAGGAACUCAAGCACAGUCUGUGAUAACAGAGCAGCCAACGGCAUCGAGCAAACUGAAAUUGGAUCUACUGUUGGCCUCUGCUGAUAUAAUAACACAACCCUUAACACUACAACAUCAAGAUCCACAACAACCACAUGAGGAGGCAGCCGCUCAAGUGGAGCCUGUGGCCGAUUUAGACACAACUCUAACUUCAAAUACAAAUGCAGCUACGUUAAGUGUAGGAAAUGAUGGAGAAGAACCUGUUACCAUAUAUGUGCCCCCCACAGCAACCGCAACAACAUCAGCAACCGCAAUAACAACGACUGCUAGCACUAUAUCAAUAGUCAGUCUGGAUACGGAACCUAUGAUAAGCACAGCACCAAUGCUACCAAUGUCGAUUGGUACGGCAACCAUUAGCGAGGAUUCCGAUGAGUAUCGCUCUCUGGAGGGUAAGGAUGAAGCUGAUUUUACCAUUUCCGAAUAGUGUACGACAAUUGGAAGUUAUAUAUACAUAAAUAUAUAUAUAAACAAUAUACCUACUUAUAUGCGGAGGGUGUAUCCCUAGGCUAACAAA